GCCACGCUGGCCUCCCCAGCCCCCGCCCUGCCCCCGGACCCAGAGCCAGAGCCAGAGCCCGGACCGGCCAGCCGAGAGGAGGAGCAGUAUGUGAGCCUGCCUGAACCACCCACCCCACCACCACCAUGCAGGGACGCUGAGACCCUCACUGAUGUGUGUAACACUGCUGACCUGCCGGAAGUUGAGAUCAUCAGUCUGUUGGAGGAGCAGCUGCCGGUGUAUCGGUUACGUGCCGACACCGUCUUCGGUUACGACCAUGACGACUGGCUACACACACCGCUACUGUCACCAGACGCACGCAUCGACCUGACCACAGAACAGAUCGAGGAGACGCUCAAAUACUUCUUGCUAUGUGCAGACAGAGUGGGCCAGAUGACGAAGACCUACAAUGACAUCGAUGCUGUCACACGUCUGCUGGAGGAGAAAGAGAGGGACCUGGAGUUGGCUGCUCGGAUCGGCCAAUCACUGCUCAAGAAGAACAGAACGCUCACAGAGCAGAAUGACUACCUGGAGGUACAAGUGGGACACAUCACAGAGGAGGUGGCCCAGCUGCAUCAUGAGUUGAACCUGAAGGAUGAGUUGCUGCAGUUCUACACCAAUGCAUCAGAGGAGAGUGAAGAGGACUCUACUACUGGCUCACCCACCCAGGUCAGUUCUUGUUCUAGCAGCUUGAGGGUAGUAUUCCUGUAUAAGUCCUUGCAAAAAAAAUUGAAAGCUUUUGAGGAAGAGAACCUAUCCCUCCGCUCAGAGGCCUGUAAUCUGAAGACUGAGACUGAGACCUACGAGGAGAAGGAACAACAGCUGGUCAACGACUGUGUUUUAAAGAACUCACUGAGACAGUCCAGUCUGCAGAUAAACAGCAUAGCGGAGGAGUUGGCUCGGAAGACAGAGGACGCCAUGCGACAGCAGGAGGAGAUCACACACCUGCUCUCUCAAAUAGUUGACCUACAGAAGAAAGCCAAGUCGUACGCAGUGGAGAAUGAGGAGCUCUCUCAGCACCUAGGGGCAGCUAAAGAUGCCCAGAGACAACUCACAGUCGAGCUAACAGAUUUGGAUGAUAAGUAUUCAGAGUGUAUAGAGAUGCUCCAUGAGGCUCAGGAAGAGCUGAAGUACUUGAGGAACAGAAACCAUCCUGCUGGAACACCACGCAGAUUCCAUCCUCUGGGUCUCUACCCUAUGGACUCCCUGGCAGCAGAGAUAGAGGGGACGAUGAGGAAGGAGAUGAGUCUGGAUGACCCUGAGUGCGGGGAACAGAAGGUGCACCACAAGCGUGUGUUUGAGACAGUGAAGAACAUCAACCAGAUGGUCCGACAGCGUUCUCCAAUCCCGUCCAACGCCAACAUCCCGGGAUCCAAUCAGGCGUCGUCUCUUAGCUCCGCUCACUCUAGUGGCAGGACCACGCCCAUGGCUGUUAGCAUUAGCUGGGAUGUCAGAGGUGACAGCGUCGCCCUUGACAACCGACAACAGAGCAUGCUCAUGGAGUCAGCAGCAGACAAUCAGGACAGUGUGGACGCCCGUGCUAAGAAAGCAGCUGGUGUUGAGGACCUGAGGCUGGCGUUACGCCGCCUGUCCCUGCGCCGCCAGAACAACCUGAGCGAGAGACGCUUCUUUGAGGAGGAGAGAGGGAGGAGGAGAGGUGGAGGAGGAGUUGCGCAGGAUGGGGGGGGACAGGGGGGCGGGAUGACCCCCUCAGAUAGCAUCAUGUCUCUGGGGUCAUUACACCUGUGGGCCUCCCGACCAUACCUCCCCGACAAACUACAGAUCGUUAAACCCCUGGAAGGCUCUGCGACCCUUCACCUGCAGCAGUUGGCUCAGCCCCACUUAGGAGUGAUCUUGGAUGCUAGACCUGGGGUUGUACCUAAAGGCUUCAGGCCUCUGGAACUAGAGCUGGAACAGGUGUAUCCAUGGGGUGGUUUCGAGGAGGAUGAACCAGGAGACCACCUCGCCUCACCCUUAACCCCCUCCUCCCUCCCCUCACCUAAGCAACACUGAUCCUCUGUGUACUACCCAGGUAAAUGCAUGGCCCAUACCAGCUCUACCUACACCUUUACUACCUGUCGUAUCCUACACCCAACUGAUGAGCUGACCCGCGUCACACCCAGGUACAGAGACAGCCCCUCGUCAUCCUGUGUGAUGACAUCAUCUAUCCUGGCCACUCCCGCUGCAACGCCCUGUACACCCCCGCAGGAUGAGUCUACUACGACCUCUGAGUCCUCUACCAACCUCAGGGAAGCCACACGUACCACCAGUACCUCUCUGGGAUUAGUGCGCCUUCCAGAGAGAGGCAUCUCUGCAGCCAUGUACCACCACCAGACCAGGGCUGGACAGGGCUGGCGGGCCCGGGCCCCCCACCCCGACUCCCUCCGCCCCUCCACUCCCCCCAACUCCCCCACAGGACACGACCCCCCAUCCUCGGGGACCAACACCCCCGCGGGCUUCGACUUCAAGUCUCCUUCCUAUGACAACUUCCUGGCCUCCAAGCCGGCACGGUCCAUUCUGAAGGAAGUAGCGGGGGGGAUGGGGAGCAGCCGGAGCAGGAGGCAGCAGAGGGGGAGAGACUGUGAGAGCCAGACAGAUGUUAGCGUCACAGUUCAUAACCUGAACCUGGUGGACAAGGUGAGGCGCCUGGGUGUGGCUGGGUGUCCUCCAGGACCAGGGGGUGUAACCGGGGGACCAAGCCCCCUCCUGGGGCCUCUGGGUGGGCUACGGAGGCCCGGGUCGCCCUUUGGACCAGAGGGGAUGAGGAGGAACAGGAGUUAUCCAGCUAUGGUAGGGGCCAGUAUGGCGAUGAAGGGCCCGGGGCCCCAGGAGGACUCAGAACUACUCCUGCCUCCUAACAAAAUGCCUAAAGAGAAGAGCCUCAAGUAGAGGCUGGGACCUCUGGCAUCUAACCCCUGACCCCUAAUAUUAACCCUAACCAACUAGUUUCCCCAGGAGACUGAACUUCUUACUUGUUACUUACCUGUUAGACCUCUGGUACUAUAGCUAGUUUUUCAAAAUCCUACAAACUAUUGGUACUCCUGGUCUAGCUAUUGACAAAUGACAACCAGUCACCUUUCUCAGCUACUGACAAUGAAUUAGUCUUCUAGUUCUAUCCGAUGCUUAUCCUUCCAGCUCCAAAACCAAAUGGCUACCCUGCUGUCUGCUUCUGUUUAACCAGCUACCAAACUAGUGCUAACAAUCAACAAUGAUCUUCCAUAAUAGCUCAAACUUUUCCUCUCUAGCCCUUGAACACAGCUACUUCUCCCUGCUGUAGUCAAUGAAAUGACAUUGAACCAAUGUGGAAUAGACAUUGAAUUGAUGCGCCCAGUGGGGGAUAAGCUCCUCACAUGUAGACUAAGCGUAAUGUAUGUAGUUCAAAUCAAAUUGUAUUUGUCACAUGCUUUGUAAACAACAGGUGUAGACUAACAGUGAAAGUCUUACUAAA